AUGGCCCCCUGUCCCCAGCCUGACUCCUGUCCAGCUGGCAGCCCCCUUGGCCUGAUAUGUUUGUCCCUUUUGCUCUUCCCUGCUGCAGCUGGAACCUACUGUGACUGCAGCCUUGGCCUCAGCCGCGAGGCCCUUAUUGCCCUCAUUGUGGUGCUGGCUGGUGUCAGUGCCAGCUGCUUCUGUGCCCUCGUUGUUGUGGCGAUUGGUGUCUUUCGGGCCAAGGGUGACACAUGCCCCGGACACAAAGAAAACAGGUUGGUGGGGCCCUACGGGCUCCAGGAAGAUCGCAUAGACCUGCACUCGGUACACGUGGAGUCCCACCUCAUGGACCCUGAUCUGGAGGUAUCCAUGAUGCCAUCCUUGGAGAGCCAUGGCCUCAUGACCAUCCCCAUGGAGGUUCCUCUAGAGGAGCCACCUCCACCCCUUCCCCCUCCUCCUCCCUCCCUUCCAGAGUAG